AUGGCGAAACCUAUAAAGAAAGGAAAAGGGCCUCGCAGCUCAUCAAAAGGCCCGAAUCUCGACAAGAAUGCCUUGGAGAACCUGACUUCCGCUCUUGACAAGAAGCUAGGAAAGCGAAAACAGCCUCCCACCAAGGCUGCUGGCGACCAGCACCAAAAGAGACAACGAAAUACCGACAACGCAGCCGGCGACAAGAAGAGUGGGAAAAUUGACGAGAAGACUCUCUUGGAAGAGAUCAAGGCGCUCGGCGGCGACGAGAGUGAUCUGGCGCUCAUCCAGGGUAUCGACUCUGACGAUGAGGAAGAUGCCAAAAACUCAAAGGAUUCCAAGGCUGUCGACAAGGGCUUGAAGGAUGAACUUGCUGCCUUCUCCAAGCAGCUUGGCUUUGCCGAAGUUGAGAUGAGCGAGGCAAGCGACGAAGAAGAAGUUGACGAGGAAAGCGAGGGCGAGGGCGAAGAGGAUGAUCUCGAAGAUGUCGACGACGAGGAGGACGAGGCUCCCAAGGAAACCGCGCAGAAGAAGGGCAAUAUGGCCUUCGAGCCCAGAGCAGACUGGCAUUCUGCCGAGCUGCGCAAAUUGCCUACCCCGACCACUGAUGAGCCAAACCCUCCCCGAUUCGCCUUUGAUGCCUUGAAGGAGCAUGCGCAGACACUUCUGACAAAUGACGCUACCAAUUACGAAACCAGUGUCUUUGCGAAGUCUUCUCACAAGUUCUUGUCCACAAUCAUGUCCAGUGGUACUCUCAGUGAUAAGGUCUCGGCACUCACUCUUGCCGUUCAGGAAUCUCCAGUCCACAACACCCGAGCUUUCGAUGCUCUCAUGAGCUUGGCCUCCAAGAAGAAGGGUCGAGGACAAGCACUAAGUGCUAUUGGGGCUCUGGUCGAUUUGCUCGGUCCCGGUUCAUUACUGCCUUCCGAUCGUCGCCUUCGAGCUUUCCACGACCAGCCAGGCCUCAUUGGUACUUUGCAGCGAAGCCCUGGAAAGCCCUGGGCUCCUGGUAACGCACUACCUGGAAAGAUUACACCCGCUCAUCUGAUUGUCUGGGCUUAUGAAGAUUGGCUGAAGGCGACUUACUUCAAGCUCAUUCAGGUCCUCGAACAGCUAUGCUUAGACGAGAUUGAGUAUUCGCGAACUCGAGCACUUGACUUUGUUUAUGGACUUCUUAAAGAUAAGCCAGAACAAGAAUCCAAUCUUCUCCGAUUGUUGGUGAACAAACUAGGUGAUCGAGACCGUAAAAUCUCCUCGCGAGCAUCAUACCUGCUUCUUCAGCUGCAAAACUCGCACCCUGGUAUGAAGCCAAUUAUUGUCCGAAUGAUAGAACAGCAGAUUCUGCUGCACCCAUCCCAGGACCACCGAUCAAAGUACUACGCCAUCAAUACUCUUAACCAGACGAUUCUUAGCAGCAAGGAGCCCGCCGUGGCUGAGGCUCUCAUGCGAAUCUACUUCGAUCUCUUCACAAUCAUUCUGAAGACUGGAUCUCUAGGUAUCAGUGCACCUACCGACUCGAAGCCGGUCAAAGAGAAGGUUGAAGAGAAGGACCCGAAUGAUAAUAGACAUCCUAGUAGACGACCUCCAAGGCCCCGAAGUGGCAAGCCCGCAAAGCCCGCUGCUUCAGAGCCAGAAACCGAGGCUGCCGACAAGCUUGUGUCUGCUAUUCUGACUGGUGUCAACCGUGCAGCUCCCUUCAUGGUGGGCAAUGAUACUGUCAUGGAAUCUCAUCUUGACACCCUCUUCAAGAUUGCUCACUCUGGCAACUUCAACACAGGCAUUCAGGCUCUUCUCCUGAUCCAGCAAAUAUCCUCUUCGCGAAGUAUCGCAAACGACAGGUUCUACAGAACGCUAUACGAGUCUCUGUUAGACCCUCGGCUAGUCAACUCGUCCAAGCAGGCGCUCUACUUGAACCUCCUUUUACGUGCGCUGAAGAACGACGUAGACAGCCGCCGGGUCAAGGCAUUUGCCAAGCGAAUCCUUCAGAUUACUGGUCUUCACCAGCCUUCAUUCACAUGUGGACUACUCUACGUUGUUGACCAUUUGCGCGAGACUUUCCCCGAUAUGUCAACACUGAUGGAUGAGCCGGAGGAGGGCGAUGAUGCCAUGGAUGAGAAGCAAAAAUACGAUGGACGAAAGCGAGACCCCGAGUACAGCAACGCCAACCGAAGUUGCUUGUGGGAGGUGAUUCCCCUUCAAGGCCACUAUCAUCCUUCAGUUACAGUUUACGCAGCGGCCAUAUUGGAGCGAAACAAGAAGUCACUGAAGCCGGAUCUAGACAGCCACUCGCUCAUUCGAUUCUUGGACAAGUUUGUUUACCGAAACGCCAAGUCUACUGACUCAUCCAAGGGUGUGUCUAUCAUGCAGCCUCUCCGAGUUGCCAAGGAUGUUGGCGACAUCUGGCUGGGCAGCCGCGCAGCCGGAGGAGCCACGACUGCUGUCAACUCUUCUGCUUUCUGGAAGAAGAAGGCUGAUGAAGUUGCUGCUGAGGAUGUCUUCUUCCACGAGUACUUCCAACAGAUUGACAAGGAAGGCAAGGAGACCAAGAAGAAGGCCAAGGCUGGCAUGGAUGUUGGAUCCGAUGAUGAGCAAGAGGAUGAGGUUUGGAAGGCACUUGUAUCAACCCAACCUGGUGUUGAUCCUGAUGAUGAUGGCUCUGAUGUUGGCUUCGAUCUGGAUGAUGAGGAUAUGGCCUCGGAUGAUGACGAGUCACCAGCGAUGUCGCUGGAUGGCGAGCUGGAUGAGGAUGAUGACGACAUGAGCGUAGAUAUCGAGGGAUCUGAUGAGGAGAUGGGCGGCGCCCUGAUCAGUGAGGAUGAAGAAGGAUUUGAAGUUAAGGAGGCACCGAGCGAGAAGCCCAAGUCCAAGCGCAGGAAGCUCAAGGAUCUUCCUAUGUUCGCCUCGGUCGACGAUUAUGCGGAGCUCUUGGCUGGAGAGGAGGACAUGUAG